GUAUUAAGUAUUUCGGGUAUAACUUGAAAUAAUAUCAUGCCACAUUUAUCAGUAGCGUGCGAAUAAUUUUGAGAUAACAUAUCAAGAUAUUUAUCAUCAGUGAGUUCAACAAUGAGCUAUAAUAGAACGAAAAGUAGUUAUUCCGGUUCUAACUACGAUCGAUAUCGUCGAACUACUGAGAAUCCGGCUUCGUUUAGCUUAACGAGUGGGGAUCCACCUCCGCCGGGCACAAUACCAGUAUCGUCCUUACCGGUGUCAAACCAGUCGGCAUAUCCGAUACAACCGAAUUUCAGUGUUCCGCCACCGGUUUUCCCCUCGACAAGAACGUCAAAAUCUGAACGUCUAGAAACAUUGAAAGAAAUAAGUAAUCGUGAACGGAAUUCGUCAUAUUCCUCCUAUCAACGGUAUAGGGCUUACCCAACUCCGUCCUCAAGAAGUUAUGGCUCGCGAAACGAAGACCGUUCUUCUAGCAGGUACUCGGACUAUUCGAUGAGAAACAGCUACAGAUGCCGGUCCUCUCCACCACAUUCUGACAGACCGUCAUAUGGCAGCCGUAGCUAUUCGGUCCCGCAUCGAGAUCAAGGCCGUCGCAGGUCCCGAAGUCGUGAUCGUGAUUAUUCAUCGCGGUAUUCCUCGGUGCGAUCCAAUUCUCGUAAAAGGGACUCAUCGCCGCCGCAAAGCGAAAACAAGGACCGUCCGCCGAGAGUUUCUCGAUUCAAAUUGGAUUCCGAACGCGAAGCUAUUCUAUCGAAAUGGCGCAAAAAUUUCUGUGAAACUCCGGAGGAUAUCCGACGGAAGCUAGCUGAGUUAACUACGAACGAAGAGAAAAGCACUUGGGUUCGAUCAUCACCGGCGGAUCUGUACUACCGUCGUGUGUCGGAUAAGGUGGUCGAAGGAACACCAAGGUUAGAUGCGCUUUGUGUUUUAUUCGAACGGGAAUUGCUGACCCGCGCAGAGCGAGCACGUGCGAAGCAGACGCCCUACCAGCCACCACCACGGAAGCAUAAAAUUCGCGUUUGUCGUCACAAGAAUGACAAAUGUUCCUCAUCGGAUUCUUCCGACGAGGAGUUGAAUUUCGAAGACGAAUGCAGCAUGGAAGAGUUAACAGUGAAAAUUAGACACCCGUAUCGACUACAUGUUGACUUGUGGUAUAAUGAUCCCGGUGAAAUGAACGAUGGUCCGCUGUGCCGAUGCUCGGCAAGGUCAAGAAGAACCGGCAUACGACAUGGGAAAUAUCCUGGCGAAGCUGGAUUCACUAAGUGUUUGCCAAAUUCUAAUAAUGCCGAUAAAUUGUAUCACUACAGGAUAACUAUUUCUCCACCGACAAACUUUCUCACCAAAACGCCAACCAUAAUUAAACACGAUCAGCACGAGUUUCUGUUCGAAGGUUUCUCCCUGCUCUCCCAUCAACCGAUCAAAGAACUGCCGACCUGUAAGGUGAUCCGCUUUAAUAUCGAGUAUACCAUUCUUUACAUUGAAGAACAAAUGCCGGAAAACUUUACCAUUCGUGAAUUGGAUCUGUUUGAACGGUUUGUUUUCAAAGAACUGCUAGAACUGGUGGACUUUUCCGUUUUUCCAUCCGGUGCCAACCCCGAAGAUUCCUGUCCUUCCUAUCACUUCCUUCCGCGAUUUGUGAGGGAUUUGCCGGACAAUGGUAAGGAAGUGUUGGCUAUGUGUGAAGUUCUACGUCAUUCGUUGGACAAUUCAGGACCAUUGAUUGCGACGGAUAUUUUGAAGGAAAUGCACGAUAUGAGUCAGAUAGAGUGGCAAGAUUAUGUGGAUUAUGUGAAAGGAAUGGUUGUCACGAAUCCCGGCAUGAAACCCUGCGCGGUGCGAGUAGACCAGCUAGACCGUAAUGUAACAGAUGUUCCGCUGGCCAGCUUAACGGAUGAACAAGGUUUGGUGCAUCCAGUUAUUGUACACUUCGGAAUUCGACCACCGCAGUUAAGCUACGCCGGAAAUCCAGAAUAUCAAAAAGCAUGGAGAGAAUACGUCAAGUUUCGGCAUUUGAUAGCUAACAUGUCCAAGCCAUCUUUCGAAGACAAACGAAAGUUAGAGGCGAAAGAAAACCGUUUAUUGGAGAUGCGAACCCAGGGCCGAAUGAAACGAAACAUCACGGUUGCGGUGAGUGCCAAGGGAUUCUAUCGAACCGGAAUAAUGUGUGACAUGGUACAGCAUGCAAUGGUUAUCCCUGUACUGACCGGUCAUCUGCGUUUUCACCGCUCGCUCAAUGUGCUGGAAAAGUAUAUUGAUUAUACUUUCAUCAACCGGUACACACUGCAGCUGGCAUUGACGCAUCCUUCGUACAAGGAAAACUUCGGCACCAACCCGGACCAUGCACGUAAUACUUUGACCAACUGUGGAAUACGACAGCCUGAGUACGGGGAUCGGAAGAUACACUUUAUGAACACUCGAAAACGCGGUAUAAAUACUUUGAUCAGUAUUAUGUCCCGCUUUGGAAAAGAGUACGAAACCGAUAGCAAUAUUACUCACAAUGAACGAUUGGAAUUUCUCGGUGAUGCUGUGGUGGAAUUCAUUACCUCCAUCCAUCUGUUCCAUAUGUUUCCUGAUCUAGAAGAAGGUGGACUGGCGACAUAUCGUGCUGCCAUAGUUCAAAAUCAGCAUCUGGCGGUGUUGGCAAAAAAGCUGCAUUUGGAAGAGUUUAUGCUUUAUGCUCACGGUUCCGAUCUGUGUCACGAGCUCGAGCUUCGGCAUGCACUGGCCAACUGUUUCGAAGCUCUGAUGGGGGCACUGCUGUUGGACGGCGGCAUCGAGACUGCGGAUCGUGUUUUCGCAUACGCCCUGUUUCAAGAGGAUAAAAACUUACGCUCAAUCUGGGUUAAUUAUCCGCCCCAUCCAUUGCAAGAGCAGGAACCCCUCGGCGACCGACAACACAUUGAAUCAUUUGAGAUGCUGAAAACGCUCACUCGGUUCGAAGAUUCAAUUGGGGUUCAGUUCAAUCACAUUAGGUUACUUGCGCGAGCCUUUACCGAUCGUUCCAUCGGAUUUACGAAUCUUACACUUGGCUCCAAUCAACGUUUGGAGUUUCUCGGAGACACUGUACUGCAGUUGAUAUGCUCCGAGUACUUAUAUCGUCAUUUUCCAGAGCAUCAUGAAGGUCACCUAUCAUUACUGAGAAGUUCCUUAGUAAACAAUCGUACCCAAGCAGUAGUUUGCGAUGAUCUGGGUAUGACUUCCUACGCGGUUUACUCUAAUCCAAAAGCGGAUUUAAAAACCAAAGACCGAGCCGAUUUACUGGAAGCGUUUUUAGGGGCGCUCUACGUGGACAAGGGCUUACAACACUGUGAAGCUUUUUGUCAAGUAUGCUUAUUCCCGAGAUUACAGGACUUUAUUAUGAAUCAAGACUGGAAUGAUCCAAAAUCAAAGCUGCAACAAUGUUGUUUGACACUACGAACCAUGGAUGGUGGCGAACCCGACAUUCCUAUUUACAAAGUGAUUGAAUGCAAUGGACCCACUAAUACACGCGUCUAUACGGUUGCAGUAUAUUUCCGAGGUAAACGGUUGGCUUGUGCCAAUGGGCACAGCAUCCAGCAAGCGGAGAUGAAUGCAGCCAAGCAAGCGUUAGAAAAUUCAAAAGAUUUAUUCCCUCAACUAGACCAUCAAAAGCGUGUCAUUGCUCAGAGUUUGAAACGACAAAGGGUUCGCAGAUCCUCGCUAGAUGACCGAUCGGAAGAUCAACUAGAUCGAAGAGACGGAGCAUCCUCGGAGUCUUCAUAUUAUAACGACAGAAGCAGCGAAUCGCAGCGACGGAGACGAAAACGUGUUUCCGAUUCGCCACAACUUCCCAGGCAGUAUCAGGUACAGGACAGUGGAAGUGAUAGUGAUAGCCACGGGGAGCAGGAUAAACGGAAAAGGCGUCCUAGAAAACCAAAAGUUAGUUCGCGAAUUACCGAGAAAGCACCAGAAAAGUUCGAGCGACCGAAAUUAAUGCCAUCUUAUUUGAAACCUUCGGUGUGUCUCGUAGAUCAGUAUGAGUCGUUAUCGGAUGAAGUUGAUCUUCAGCUAGAAGCCAUUUCCGAAUCCGAGGAAGAUUUUGACAAAACACCGAAGCUUGCCAACGAGGUGCGCAACACGGGUGAUGAGUUAAAAGACGCAAUCAAUAAACCAAAAGAAAAAGAAAUAAUCAAAAUUCAGCAGGAUACUUUUGCAAAUUCCGUACUUAUGUUUAAAGUUGAAGGUACAGAUGACGUGUCGUCCGAUCUGGAAUCGGGCGAAAUUGAAUAGAUAAGCCAUGCAUGUAUUUUUAAA